CUGGAGCUCGGUGCGCGCACUUUGUGCUUUAUCUGUUUGUCAUUCGCGUCGCAUAUUCGCUCCAAAGUUUCGCCGCGAUUUCAUACGUUUUUUCCACGCUUGCACGCGUUUCAUUGACACGCUCCAGGUAUUCGUGCGGAAAUCCUUCGCGUUUUCAUCGCACCGUUCGAUUACACUGUCGAUCCAGCCGCGUUCAGCCCGAUCAGAUUAACAAGAUGUCACUGUCAGAGUUCCGUAAAAAGAAGUUACUCUACGUUUUCAACACCUUCUUCGAUGUCAAUCAAAGUGGCACGAUCGAUAGGAAGGAUUUCGAUCUUGCUAUACAACGAAUCAAUGAAAAUAGAGGAUGGAGUGCUGACAAUCCCAAAGCUCUAAGUAUAAAAGAAAAUUUACUGAAAAUGUGGGAGGGUUUGAGGUCAAGAGCUGAUACAGACCAAGAUGGCCAGGUUAGCCGAGAUGAAUGGUUUUCACUGUGGGAAGAAUACGCAAAAAAUCCAUCGAACCCAUCCGAAUGGCAACAAACAUACAUGACUUUAACGUUCCAGUUAUUCGAUGCAUCUGGUGACAAAUCGAUCGACGAGAACGAAUUCUGCAACGUGUGCAGAUAUCACGGGGUGGCUGAAACCGAGGCCAGGGAUGCUUUCAAAAAACUAGGGGUGGGUCAGGAAAUGAACUGGGAUAAAUUCACCAACCUCUGGAAGCAAUAUUUCUCCUCGGACGAGCCAACCGCAGCCGGAAACUUUAUUUUCGGGAAAACUUCCUUCUAACUCGUUUAUUUUUUUUUUCCACCCCCCUACGGAAUUCGAAUACGUAUACUGCACUUCCUUGCGUCGCAUUUUCUUUUUCAUUGUAAUUUUUUAAUUCACCCUAAGACGAACUCGAUUAAAUCUCUUUUCCUUUCAACAACGAAUUAAAUAUAUUUAAUUUCUUGAUAAUUUAAAGUUUCAACUACUUUCUACCCUCUUGGCGUUGUAAAUAAUCAUCCUCGUGAAUUCGAUUAUUCACGAACGGAUGAUAUGCUCGACAAAUAAUAUCGUUUCUAUCCGCUGGAUAAAAAUGGCGGCAAUUAAGUAUAUCUCAUUGUAUGUUUGUAUAUGUAGAGUAUUUAAAUGUAAGAGAGCAAAAGAACUCUAAUGAUCGUGACAUGUGCAAAGUCUUGUUCGUUCAGUGUCAAAAAAUCGUUGUGCUUUCGAACGAGAUAUAAAUAUUUCCCUCCAUUAUUGAACAAACGAUAUUCGCAGAGUUUAAGUGUAGCUUCAAUGUUUUCGUGUAACAUUGGAAACAAAGUCGACGUGGGGCAGUGUUUAAAGAAAAAGAAAAAAAAAAUCUUCGUGUAAUUAUCGGCAGGAGAAUUAGAAGAGAUUAAAAAAAAAAAAAGGUUUUAAAUGUUGGCUUAAUUAUCGUGUAAGAAGCAUCGCAGAAAUGAAACGUUAUAUUUUAAAAGCGUCAAUAUCGUCGUAAAUGUGUCUUAUAUAGACAUUAUUAUAUGCUGUUAUACUAAUAAGGAAACAGAUCAAAGUGUCUACGUUUGAUUUUAAUGAUUGCAAAUAUGGUAAUUAGAUCGAAAUAAACGACGCAAAUUUUUUGCAACUAGUCAAUUUCAACUUUAGAGGAUGAAAUUAUCCUCUAAAGUUGUAGCUUAAAAAUACUAAAUGUUUCAAAAACUAUCAUAGAUAUAAGAAUUGAUGGUAAGUAUUAAUUUAAUUAAGCAGCUAAAAUAUACCUCAAAUUUCGUCAAAAUUAAAAGUGGAUGCUUUGAUAUAUUUUCUUGUAAGAAGUGCAGAGGAAUGUACGUAUAUCUUACAGAAAUAUAUAAAUAUAAAUAUACAAAUGAAUACAUAUUAUAUUUGAACGACAGAGUUAUCAAUAAAUUGUAAUGAAAGAGAUUUUUAAAUUUUAAUCGAUGUUGACUUGAAGAUGCAGCCAGGGAAUUAAACAGCUGGUACAUAUUCGAAUUUUGAAAUGUUCAAUUCUCUAUUGCUCGAUGAAAUUUUUAAUUCAGCGUAAAAAGAAAUUAAAAUUUGAUGAAAUGAAAUAAUCAUUUAAUCCAUCAAAAGUGGGCAAUAGAAGAACAUUAAUGAAAAGUAAUAAAUCAAAAUACGAUUACUCACGCACACUCGUAUUCGUACAAUUCUGAAGAUUAUAUUUUGAUUUCGACAUCGUGCUACAAUAAUAGAUUGGAUUUUAAUACCAUGUGCUUUUCAAUUAGCCGCUUUGUUUCAGAUUACUCAUCAGUUCAUUAUUACAACUUUUUUUCAUUUAUUUGAGAUAGAAUUAUAGAAAAGAAGUACGAUUGUACGAAUACGAUUGAGAGAGAUUUAAUUGUACCCUUUGAAACUUGUCCUGUGCUUCAAGGUAUCAAACACUAUCGUUGUUCCGUGAUUUAACAUAGUGUGUUAUGUAAUUCUGAAUGUACAAUAAAAUGAAAUUGAAAAUAUCUACGCGGAAAUUGGUUUUGAUUGAGGUCCUGUAAACGAACACGAGUAAAUACAAUGAACUAUGUUAAACCUUGUUAAACUUUGUUGUUAAAUAUUUUUCUUACGAUAUCUAACUGAUUGUAAUUUAGAGAAAUAAUACUUGAAAUAUUAUUUUGCAAGUUUACCUACACGGAAUGCUUAAUAAUUGAUGGUAUAAACAGAUAAAUCUUCGUUAUAAGAAAAACAAAGUUUUUAUUUUCAUUACUAUCAAUCGAAUGGUUAAUAAUUAUCGAGCAAGUUGUUUUUUAAAUAUAUCAUUUGAGAUAAUUUCAGGAAUCACUGUGGAAUUUUUAUUGAUUGCACGAGUACUCGAUAAUUAUUCAAAAUAUACAAACAUUUUAAUUGAAAUAGUAAUAAUAUUAUAUAUUUUCUGUCUCUUUCUAUUAUACCAUUAAUUAGUACGCAUAUCUCGUACAUAUCAUUACACCAAUUAUAAAAUAAAAUGGUAUUCAAUUAUUAUAUUAAAAAUAUAUUCGAACGCUUCAGAUCAGUUUAUAAUUAAUGCACUGUAUGAAGAACGAGGAAAAAUUAUCGAAGCGAAGAAAACUUUAUCGACAUGUUAUGAGAACGACAGCUCAAUUUGUAAUAAUAAGUUUCAAACUCAACACGAAUUCUAGCAUCAAGGGCACGGAUUAUCGUAAAAUAUGCUUCCGGAAUUUGUUUCUAUUAUCAAUCACUGCCCGUGAAGGUAUGCCUGUUUCUAUACGCAUUAAAGAAGCCGAGUCAAUUACGACCCAAAUCUUUCUAAUGUUUUAUCAAUUAGAAAAAUAAUAUCUAAAGAAAUAGUAUACAAUUUAACGAAUCUAAAAUUGAAUUUAAAUUAUAAAUCAUUAGGUCAGUAAUAGCCCGGCUUCAUACUAAGAGGGCUGAAAAGCGAUUUACAUAAUGUACGACGAUAAAUUCUAACCCGUCGUUUAUUGCAGCGAAAAAUAAAAGAAUCAAGGAAUGAACGAGAACAAUUCACAAUCGUGAAUUUAAUUGGCGAAAAGAUAAUAACCGUGCCCAUUCGUUGUGAAAAACACAAGCGAUAUUGCUGUCUCUCGAAUUCGAUAUACAAUAAAUAUGUUAAUGGUGUUACUGACUGUUUUUGUGAAACGUGCCGAUAACAGCACAAGCGAAACUAUGUAAAAAAUCAAAUGCACGUUACUCUUGAAAUAAAGGUGUCUAUGGACUUCAA